ACGAAGAAAAUUAUUUUUAUUUGUAUAAUUUUCUUCCUUCCUCCAAAUUUUGUUUGCCAAUCCCACUUGAUUUUUCCACAGCAAUAUAUAAAUAAAAAUAAUAAAUGCUAAAGGCAAAACUGAAGUUAAUUUCCCUACAAUAACGACUCCGCCUUUGGCUCUUACCACGUCCAAAACCAAUGUAGGAGUAACACACGUACGUUGUUCACUUGUUAUUGGUUGAUUCACCCAAAUAUAACGGCCCUCCAUAAACUAUCGAUCCUCUCCUUCGUUUGUUUUCCUGCUAACUCCACACAGAGAAUUAAUUAAGCUAGGGAAAAGAGAGAAAGGCAAGGAGAAUGGCUGUGGAGACGGCUGCUGGAACUGGAAACUUAGAGACACAGAAGAAGAACAGAAUCCAAGUAUCUAACACCAAAAAACCUCUCUUCUUCUACGUUAAUCUUGCCAAGAGAUAUAUUCAACAGAACAAUGAGGUGGAGCUUUGUGCUUUGGGAAUGGCAAUCACUACUGUUGUUACAAUUGCUGAGAUAUUAAAGAACAAUGGAUUGGCUACUGAGAAGAAACUGUUAACAUCUACAGUUAACAUCAAGGAUGAGAAUAAAGGGCGAGUGGUCCAAAAAGCCAAGAUUGAGAUUGUGUUGAGCAAGUCUGACAAGUUCGAUUCUCUGAUGACUGUUGCCACCACUGCACCAGAGGCUGCUUCCAAAGACAAGGAAUGAUGACUGCUCUUUCCAUUGUUGUAGUUCUACAUAUUCAAUCCAAUCUAUCUUGUUGAGUAGUGAUAAGGGUUAGGGUUUGUUGAAUAGUUUGGAAAGUAAAAAUCUCACAUUUGGGAAGAAUAAGGAAAUAAGGGGAUUUAUAUAUGUUUAUCUUCUAUCCAUAAAUAAUUAUGGAAAGUUAGAACUCAAGACUUGCAAGCUUUGAGUUUAGGCCUUUGGCCCUUAUAUAUUAUCAUUUAGAUGAAAUUUAUUUUUUAAUUAAUUUUGAAUUUUGAA